AUGGUUACGAUGACGAAUCUCGUCGAGGACUCCGAUCCGAAAGAAGGAGAGGCCGAGGCCGCGACCGCGGCAGGCAAGGUUAAGGUUAAGGUUAAGGUUCGGUUCACUGGCACCUCGAAGGGCGCGUCGGACGAGAUGGUCCAAGCCAAGGACGUGCUUCGCGUCACCGAAAAGACGAUGCAGCUCAAGAAGGAGUACGAGGCGCGGAAAGGAAAAGGACACAAGCCGUCAGGAACGGGCAGGGGUCGCCCACCGGAGAAGAAACCAGCCCCGACGGAACCGUCCACAGCAGCAGCAGCACACGGAGGAGGGGUUACGGUCGGUUCGACUGUACCGGUGGAGCGCGCUGCUUCUCCUGACGGAAGCAAGAAAAGCAGGGAUAGCAGUAGUGCCAGUGAUGUCGAUGGUGGUGUUGGUGGUGGUAAUGGCAGCACCGAGGCGAGUUCCUGGUCUGGCGAUGUCAUGAGAAGCGCCAGGGGUGGCUGCGAUAGUGACAGCAGCAGACGGCCAGGGGAAGAACAAGAAGAACAGCUGCAGCCGCCGUCGUUCCCGGACAUGGUGGUCGAGGCCUUACACGCCUUGUCCGAUUCGAGAGGGUCGAGCAAACUCGCGACCGUUAAGUGGCUGAAGUCGAGCAGCCGGUACGGGUGGAUGGCUGCUCCUCCGGACGAGGCUAAGUUUAAGGCUAACGUCGCCGCCGGGGUGAAGCAGGCGCUUGAAGAAGGGAAGGUGGUCCAAGUUCGAACCAACUAUCGGAUCUCACCGGAUCACGCGAGAGCUCUCAGUCUCGGUCUCCCCACCAAGCCCAACAAGAGGAGGAGAAAGAAGAGCUCUACCACCAGCGGCGGGAGCCCUGAUCCUACCCGUGAUGAAGCGGUCACGGAGGAGGAAGGGACAGGGGAGCUGGCGUGGGCGGCGGGAGAGGAACCCAAGCCGAAGGCGAUCAAGCGGCCCACGGGGAGAUCGAAAGGACGAGCACCGAAAACGAUCGACGGUGGGGGGUCCAGCACCUCUGGGGGCGGGGGGGGGGGUUCGAAGGGGUCGAGUGCGAGCCGGAGCCAAGCGCUGGAUCUCGUCGAGGAUGACGUCUUGCAUGCGAGGGAGCAGGAGACGCAGACGGGCGGCGGCGCCACGGCCGAGCCGCCGCUGAGGCCGGCGCGACCGACCCCGAUAAAUCGAUUGCGGGUCUCGGCCGGGGCGGUCGGGGAUCUGGUGACCGUGUGGGACUUCCUCAAGACGUUUGGGCAGGAGCUGAACUUGAAAGAAGCUUCCGUCCUGACGUUGGAGGAGUUCGAGACCGCUGUCCUCUGGAGCAGUAGCAACAAUAAGAGUAAGAAGAGCGUGCAUCCCCUCAUCGCAGGAUUACACUUGGCGCUGCUGCGAGAAGCUCUAGGGAGGAAAGCGGAUGGAUCGCCUUGCGGAGAAGCCGAGGCGGUCAUGACGUCGAUGGCGCCUGUCCGAAGGAUCUUGGGAGAUCUUCUCAAUCCGGCCACAUGGCCCGAGGUUAUACGACGGUUCGCCAUGGCCUACUUGCGGUACAGCCGCGCUCUCUUCUCGAGGCACGGGAGAGGGAGGGGGGAGUGGGUCGACGAAGGCCACCCGCUUGCUACCGCGGUGGAGACUCUUUCCCGACGCGGCUACGGCGACCUCUCGUCCUCGGAGACGCUGUGCGUGCUCCGCUGGCUUUCCGACGUCCUCAUGGACUCCCGCUCUGUGAGGGUAAAGAUUGCUCAGCACGCGGAGCGACAGUCGAGGGCUACGGUGGGAGACAGAAAGAAGGCCGAGGAGCGAGACCACUUGGUGGCGGAGUCUCUCUCUCGCUCGCUCGCUCACAGGGGUAUGGUCGAUGAGACAGCAAUCGGUAAGACAGUAGUCGGUAAGACAGCAGUCGAUGAGCGUCCGAAGCCCGAGGGAAACGAGCGUGUGGCGGAAGAACGGAUCGAGCAGGCGGCAUCGGCAGUGGUCGGGGGGGACACAGCAGGGACCGCAGCGUCUGGUACCCCCCUUACCCUCAAGGAGAAAGAGGCGCUGGUCAGCGCCAGGGCGGAAGAGAAGCGAUCGGCUGUCCGUAGGGAGGCGCUAGGUUGGGACAGGGAAUUCAACAGGUACUGGUGGUUUGGUGGGGGCCCGUCUGAGGUCAUCCACGUAGAGGAGAAGGGUGGAGACGUGUGGGGGCAGUACAGGAGUCAGCAGGAAGUAGACGCUUUGAUGGACAGCCAGCACCCUCGAGGGAAGCGGGGGGCUCCGUUGAGGCGAAGGCUCUGCCAGAGCAAGGACGAGAUGCAAGUGGGGUUCGAGAGGGUGCGGCUUGUUGACGCGGCCGAGGAAGCCGAGCGGAAAGUGCGGGAGGACAUAGAGCAGGAGCACCUCCGACAGCUGGCUGCAGUCGAAGCCGCAGCCAAAGCCGCUGAAGCUGCUGCCGCUGCAGCGGCAGCAGCGGCAGCGAGAGGCGCAGACGGCGACAGCUCCACUCGACGAUCCUCUCGCAAAAGGCCGGGCCCCUCUUCUCCGGGGAAAUUUGCCGCGGUGAGUACGACCAUUGCGUCCCCCCCAGUCGGUGCCCUCGAACACCGCACUCAGGGCAGCAACGGCAACAGCAACAGCAGCAGCGGUAGGAUGGAAGCGGCGAGAGCGGCUGCGGAGGCAGAGGCGGCGCAGCCGUACGUGCCGCUGCUCCCGGCGUGGCGACACGUGGCUCGAAGAGGAGACAGGGACUUCCUUCGGAACCUCAAGCUGGAGCUCACUAGCCUAGAAGAACAGGUUGCGCCGCUCGGGAACACGACCGUGACAGGAAGGCACUCCAAAGACCGGCACGGCUGGGUGAGGGAGGUGGCGACGGCGAGGGAUGUUCUUGCUCUCCGCCGACCCGCGGUACAGCUUGAACGAGCAUUGUAUGCGUGCAGCCGGGACAUGAUGGAAAACCUGGCGAUGGACUGGUCCAGCAUGGCCGUUGCCGAGGGGGAGGAUGUCUCGUGGGACAGCCCGUACGAUUGGACUUUUCUCAAGUCGCAGGGGCGUGACCGCCGAAAGGGAAAGGAUCGAGAGCAGAGAGCCUCGUUGGGCGAAGACGGCAGAGCUGCUCCCAGUGCUACCGUAGGCAGCGGCAGUGCGGCCAUAGGCGGCGGCGGUCCAACGGCAGCGGAAGUCGGCGCGUCAGCACGCGCUCCUUCAAGAGGCAAGCGUAACGUUGCCAAGAAGAGAGAGAGCGGUCGAGAGUUGACAAGUCCCGCUGCUGCUCAAGCUGCUGCCGCUAAAGCGGCCGUGUCCCCUGCUGCUGCUGCGUUUAUGGGGAGGGGGCGGCAGGAGGGAGAGGGCACAAGAGAGGGGGCCCAGGGGGCGAGAAAGGUGGCGAGGGAGGAGGUUAUAGAAGAGGCUCGUGUGUUCGCCGCUGGUGACAGCGCGGGUGCUGGUGUUAACUCUUUGGCGGAGCUACUGGUGCCGGGGGGGAAGGCUCCACCGGAAGAAAGCUCGGCCGGAUGUUUACCCUCAGCAGGGCGUGUCGUUUUCCAAGAUGAGGAUGAUGCACAGAAGGCCACGACGCCGGCUGUAGCAACUCGUGCUUCCGACGAAGCGAAGGAAGUGAAAGAAGUGAAGGAAGUGAAGGCAGGGAAGGCAGGGGAGACUGACAUCUCCGGAGAUAGUAGCGGCGGCUUGGGAGGCGGUGGGGUUGUUGGUCUCGCCGGUGUAGACGACGAGAAGGACCGCACGAGGCUAAAGGAGGGAGCUGAUGAUAGGACAGCCACGGAUGCUGGUGGCAGUAUCAGCCAUCCGCCAGAAGCUGCCGGUGGGGGGAGUGCAGCCGACAACGUGGCGAGCGAAGCAAACAGUGGUCCGAUGGAAGUAGAAGGAGGAGGGGUGGAACUAGAGAGGAACUCUGGGACGAUGAAAACGGCGGCCGUCGAGGAUUCGCGAGAAGGAGAACCAGCAGGGAUGAGCGAUGAUGGCAAUGGCGACAAGACACCGGUCCUAGAUGGGCAAACGGAGGCAACCCCCGAUGCUGGCGGUGAUACAGGCCCCAACGCUGCUUUCCCUGUGGAGGAUGCGGCUGGAGCGGCGGCGUCAACUCCUGCAGACUCAGGAGGCAACGAGGGCGACGGCGGCAACCCUUCCAAGACUGCCGUCGCGCUAGGCGUUGGGGGUGAUGGGUCUACGAAAAAGACUCCGACGACAAUGACGAAGGCAGAAGCGGAUGAUGCGGGUUUAACGGAGGGCAACGAGAUGGACGGCAUGGACGAAGCAGCAGAAGAAGAGGAGGAAGAGGAAGAGGAGGAAGAGGUCGAGCCGGAAAAGCGGUGGGAGAUGGAGAGGGAGGGUAUUGCAUUGGCUAAUCUCUCCGCGGAGCUACAGGGCGCCCUAUCCACGGACCCCGCGUUUCGUGAGGCGUGGCGGAAGGAGAUGCUCGCCGCUCGCACUCUAGCCGGGGUGGCGACGUUGGUGUACUCGCUCCUCACAAGCGCGGCAGGGGUCCUCCCUGCCCUUCAAGAGCAGGACAUGCAGGAGCAGGCUUUGAUUAACCAGGACCUCGCCACCAACCAGGCGCUGCGCGUUCGCUGCUCCUCUACGUCCGAGAUCGUGUGGGCUCGCUUGCACGGGUUUCCAUGGUGGCCAGCUCUUGUCGUCAAGCCAGAAGGGGUGGGCUUUCAGAUGGCAACGAAGGGGCUCCGAGUGGCGCACGAGCGUUUCGGGAGCGACGGUGACCCCAACGCCCCUCACAACCGACCAAACUUCGACACACAAGACACACAGCAACAACAACCAGCCGCCGCCGCCGCCGCCCCCCCCCCCGCCGCUGGUACGCGGUUGACGGGGAGCGCUACCGCCGCACCACCUGCUGCUGCUGGUGAAGUCUUGACAGGGAGCGCACCCGCCACCUCUCACCGCUCAGUGCCCCCCGGGCAAGCAGCUCAGCGGGGGCUAGCGCUGGCAGCGGCGGCGGCAGCAGCGGCGGGGGUGGGUGCGGCGGCGGGAGGGGAGACGGGUAAGGUUUCCAGGCCCCGCCGCACUCCGAAAGUUCCCAAGUAUCUGACAGAAGGGAUGGUUGGGGACGGCGGCGCGGAUGCGCCCGUGAGAUCGAUUGCGGGCAAGGGCAAGAAGCGUAAGGAUGGUCGUGUUGGUGGGUCCACCGGCAUGUGGCAGGCAAGGAAGAGCCAGAAGCGGGGCGGCGGCGGUGGCGGCAGCGAGUUGGAGCAGCACCAACCCGCGGCGCCGGCGGAGCGGCAGCCUUCCCGCAAAAAGAUGCCGGCCGCCUUGGCUCAAGCGGAAUUAGCGAGCGGGUCGAUGAGCAUGGUGCGUUAA